UGUUGCCCGCUAGCGACUCGAGUCGUUGCUAGCACAACUUUGCCUGAACCCUGGCACCGGCCGUGUCCUCAGCUUUGCUUUCCGCAACUUUCCUUGAGCGAUUACACUCUGAGCUUUCAGCUAAAUACCUGUUUAACCUGUAUAAUAAUAUUCUCUGUACUUUUGCUGCUCUUCCAUGGACUCAGGAUCAGAGUGCCUUGCAUAUCAGAUGACUUAAAGAUAGGAUAUUACAGCACAGAUCAUGCUACUCAAACAGAUAUCAAAGAAAUACCAGAACUAAAGGAGCUAACGAUUACUACACAAGCUUUAAUGCAGCUCAUCCACUCCCUCCAGCAAGAUUGGCUUACCUUCAAAACAGUUGUUCAAGCACAGUAUGAAGAAAAAAUUGAAGAGCAGACUUCAAAUCUCUGUAAAUAUAUAAAUGACAGACUGAGAGACAUUGAGUUUUUUCAUAAACGGAAAGAAGCCCAAAUUCGACAGAGCUACCAACAACAAUUAUGUGAUGCGCUGGCUGUUCUCAGAUCAAAUAUUGAGAAGUAUUACAGCAUAAAUGAAGAAGACACAGAAUCUUCAUCAGCAGAAUUUUUGAGGCUUUUACGCAGCAAGCUGCAUGAGGAACAGUCCAGAAUUGAAGAUUUGGAAAGAAAAUUGAAUGAAUAUCAAGAAAGAGGAAAGGAUAAAAUGGUUGCCUUUGAAGAUGACGACCAUGAAAAAAAAAUGCUUGAAAAGGAAAAUGAGGUUUUCAAAGAAGAGAUUUUUGAACUACACAAUAAGAUUUUUCAUCUUGAAAAUUCUCUGAAACGCUCCGAAAAAGAAAAUUCUUUAUUAGAUAAGCAAGUUCAAAGAAUGCAAUUAAAACUGGAAACUGAUGAGCGAACUAUUCAAAAGGUGAAUCUAUCUUCUAUGACCCAGUUUCCCAUUCUGAAAAUAGUGAUAUCUAUUUAUCUUUGGAGGAGCAUUGGAAAGUUAAUUGCAAUUCAAGGACAGAUGAAGGCAGAAAUUGAAAAUGAAAGAUCAUUAGUUAAAAGCCUGACUUCAGGACUGCAAGUAGAGGAAGAAGAAGUUAAAAAAAACAAACUGCCAGUGCAAAGUGAAACUGAAAAUAUAGUGCUUGAGGAGAAAAGAGAAUUCCAAAAGGACCAUCUUACAAAACAGAAAGAUCUUACAAAGCAAGAGCUGACCAACAAGCCUGCAUGCCAUUAAGGAUGAGAUGUUUCUUAGACAAACCCUGCAACGUCGGUUGCUAGUGUUUAAAGGUACAUCCCUCUGUGAGACCGUAAGUAAAGACAAGGCAACCAAUUUAUUGUGUUUAAUGCUUUGUUUUUAUUGAAAGUCAUUCUGACCUUUCUGAUAAAACAA